AUUAACCAUAAUGUUCUGCUAGAUAAUAAUGUGACGUCGUGUAAUGAAGAUUAAAGAAUAAUUAGAUGUUAAUUUCGUAUCUUUGCAGAUAAUUUUCAAAACUUUUCUAUAUACAGUUCAUAAAAACAUAUUACCUCUUAUCAUGAUUAUCAAAACAAAACUAGAACUGAUCUGUUGCUACGUUUUUCUGAUGAGAUGAGAGAAUUCGUAUAUACAAAUUCGUGGGUAAAAAGAAUGUUAUUACCAAACUAUAAAUUUUAUGAAAAUAAAUGGGAAAACAUCCUUUCUGAGAAACUCAUUAAAUGAGAGAGAAAAAUGACUAAGAAUGACUCAUUACUUCAACAGAUGUAACGAAACAACAAGAAUCUUAUUUCCUAUCGAAUCCUAUUUCGAAAAUCCAUCCGAAUGUCUAUAGACGCGAAUUAGCCGAAGUUUAGAAUUUGAAGUAGUAGAACAAUAGAACAGUUUGCAGGUGCACAACAUCGAGUACCUCCUCAUCUAUAAUGAGAUCGCCUGAGUGUAGUCAGCACUCUCUCUCCCUCUAGCGGCACACUAUAGACUAAUAUAGUAUGUGCGACCGGCUGUUAGUGUAUACCGAACACUCCUCAUCUACUGUACUAUAUUUUCGUUUCGCCAGACCGGAGAAAAGUAAUGAUACCUCUUAGAGUCGUCAGAUAGAUGUACAGUACGUACGUCUCAUAAUCCUCCGAUGCUAUCGACAAUGCAGGUUAAAAACUCAUCUAAGAUUUUAAGGAAGAGAGAUUUAAAAUUAGGAAAAAAGAAGAAAAAUCUCAAAAACUGUAAUAACAACAACGAUAAUAAGAAUAUUAACAUUAAUAACAACAAUAAUAAUAUCGAACUACCCGAAUAUAUUGUCGAUCCACGUACUAAAGUAACUUAUUUGAAAGGAAAAUUUCUUGGCAAGGGUGGAUUUGCUAGAGUACACGAACUAACCGAUCUUACAACAAAUAGACUGUACGCAGGAAAAAUCAUUCCAAAAUGUAGACUGAUAACAGCUCAUCAGAAAGAAAAGAUAUUGAGAGAGAUUGAAUUACAUCGUUCCUUAACGCAUAAACGGAUCGUCCGUUUUCAUCACUUCUUCGAAGAUGACGAUCACGUUUAUAUCGUUCUAGAAUAUUGCACAAGAAAGUCACUAGUCCAUGUUUUGAAGAACAGAAAGUUACUUACAGAACCAGAAGUUCGGUACUUCAUGCUUCAGUUUUUAGAAGGUGUGGAUUAUAUUCACAGAAAAGGAAUUAUUCAUAGAGAUUUAAAAUUGGGAAAUUUGUUUCUAACUGAAAAUAUGGAACUCAAAAUUGGAGAUUUUGGCCUUGCUACUUACUAUGAAAGUGAAAAGAAUGCAAAAAUGACUGUUUGUGGUACUCCAAAUUAUAUUGCUCCAGAAGUAUUGAAUAUGGAGGGCCAUUAUAUGGAAACGGAUAUUUGGGCUGUCGGUUGUAUUAUGUAUGCUAUGUUAGUUGGCCAACCUCCUUUUGAGACUUCCACAUUAACUGAAACCUAUGCUCGUAUAGUUGGCAAUAAGUACAGUCUUCCCGAUAAUAUUUCUGAGCCGGCAGCUGAUCUUAUAAUGAAAAUGUUAAAAAACAAACCAACUGAUAGGCCUUCUAUUGAACAAAUUCUUAAACAUUCAUUUUUUACCACUGGUUACACUCCUACUGAGUUAUCACCUAUGUGUUGCAUGGUUUCUCCUAAAUUUCCAUCUGUUGUAACACUUUCAAGAUGUUCUGCAAGUAUAUCAAGUCAGAUGGAAGAUAUCACAGAUUCAAUCACAAAUAUGCAGCUAGAUGCUCAACCAAAGUCAAAAGUUACAAAGUCAAAACACCAAUCACUCUCUUCAUUCAAGAAAAAAUUAAGUAAUAUUUUUUGUCCUGAAAAAGGUAAAAAAGUUAAGCAGUAUUCAACUUUAGCAUUAUAUCAAAUUGUUCAAUCAUCUUUAGAAAGUAUGCCAACAGAUGAAUUAACCAAUCCAACACCAAUUGAUGACCAUUUGGUUGUAUUUGUGACAAAAUGGAUUGAUUAUUCUAAUAAAUAUGGGUUUGGUUUUCAGUUGUCAGAUUACAGUAUUGGUGUACUUUUUAAUGACACUAGUAAAAUCAGUUUGUCAUCAGAUCGUACGCAUAUUGAAUAUCAUGACUUAAAUGGAAAACUUAGUAUUUUUACUAUUACUAAUAUACCUUCAAGCUUGCUUGAAAAAUAUACUUUAUUAAAAUAUUUUGCUCAGUAUAUGGAUGAAAAUCUUACUGAGGGUGGAGAACCUCACAUGAUUGAAUAUUCUCCACAAAAAGGUAAAAGUCACAUUCCUCACAUGAAACGAUGGGUGCGGACAUCUCAUGCCAUUCUUAUGCAGCUAAGUACCGGUACAGUGCAGAUAAACUUUUUUAAAGAUCAUACCAAAAUAGUGAUUAGUAUUGAUCAAAGGAAAGGAAUUGUAACAUAUAUAAGCGAAGAACGCUUAUCUACUAGCUAUCUGUUAUCCGACAUUGCACAGCAAGGGUGUGAACCUUGUAUAAGAACAAGACUUCAGUACGCACUGUCUGUUCUUCAGCAAUUUGCUGAAACAAAAGAUUUUUAAUCAUUAUCACUUUUAUUUAUAAAGAGAAAAAAAAUGGUGUCCUUGUAUUGUGAUAUAUACAUAUAUUUUUGAGAUGUUUUAUGUAAUGCAAGCUGUAUAGGAAAUAUUUUGUGCAAAUGCUAUUUUUGUCUUUCAGAUGUUUAUUUUUGAGACAAUAUUUUGUUUCAUUCAUUCCAGUAAGUGUGCCAUUUUUUUUGUUUUUUUUUAAUUACUGUAGUAUGAUAUUAACUCUCAAAAAUCUUAAAUUUUAAAAAAUUCAUACAUUAAUGUA